AGCUGCAUCCCACAUAAAAUAAAUUGAGUAACCGAGUAAAAGACAAAUAAACAAGCAUGGCAGACGCCAGUGCAUAUGAAGCAGUUAUAUUUCCGACUAUUGCCAAGAGGGUGCAAAAUAUUGGGGACCUAGGCUUGUGGCUGCGUUCCCGCGCCUACCAUGAUCUCAUUGGCUACAUCAAUGGCACCAGCUCGGCCAUACAGGGAAUCAAGUCCACCGACCCAAUGUACGAGUCGGACAUGCUGCGCAAAUUGUUGCGCAUCUUCGAGCUACUGGAGAAGUUGGUGGAAAAAUAUCCGCCCUUGGACCAGCCGCAGCGCUUUGGCAACAAGGCCUACCGGGACUGGGCUCGGGACAUGCGAGAACAGUUGCCAGAGCUGCUGGGACAGCUCUUGCCCCCCAGUAAGCAGAACUACUUGAACGAACUGCAACAGUAUCUGACGGAGGCCUUUGGGAAUGCAACGCGUAUCGAUUAUGGCACUGGACACGAGCUGUCCUUCAUGUUCUUUCUGUGUGCCCUGUUCAAGGCCGAGAUACUGGACGAACAGGACAUUGUAAGUGCUGCGCUACGCCUGUUCAAACGGUACUUGGAGUUUGCCAGGCAGUUGCAGCGGACAUACAACAUGGAACCAGCUGGCAGUCAGGGUGUCUGGUCACUGGACGAUUUCCAAUUUGUUCCCUUUAUCUGGGGCAGUGCACAACUCUCGGUCCGAAGUCCAUUCGACCCAGCCAAAUUUGUGGAGGAGCAGAUAAUCAACGACUACAAGGAUCAGUACAUGUUCAUCAGCUGCAUUGAUUACAUCUGCAAAGUGAAGACUGGCCACUUUGGCGAGCACUCAAAUCAGUUGUGGAGCAUCACGGACGUUCCGUCGUGGGUGAAGAUCAAUAUGGGUCUGGUGAAAAUGUAUCAAAAAGAGAUCCUCUCCAAGUUCCCGGUGAUCCAGCACGUUUUCUUUGGCGAUCUGAUGUCCUUCGACACGGUAACCGCUGGCACAACUAUCACUAGCGCCCGUCUGGGUCAUGUGGCACCACCGCCGUCGAAGCGUAAAUGCAUAGUGCCCACCUUGGUGCCACAAGCUCCCCAGACACAAGCGCCCCCACCGCCGACUGAGGCUCUAGUCAACGACCAGAAUGCGGGCGAUUCGAGUAGCGAGAGCAGCGACAGUAGCGUUGUCCUACGUCCAUCGGCAUCAGCCUCUACGGCUUCGCUGGUGGCCGCCGCCGAGGGAUCCGGUGACAAUUUAAAUGACAUACCCAAGGAUACGGCAGCCGAGUAGUUGUUAAUGAUGGAUGAUCCAACCUGUGUUACAAAUCUCUUAUUAAUAGCGUUGCCAUUUACUCAAAAAUAAAUUUGCUUUAAAUGUGAA